CUGUCGGGAAGUUGUCAACAGUCAAACAAAACGACGCGCCAAAUUUGUGGCGGAGUAAAAAUGCGAGUCACAGUGAGAGUAAAAUCUAAAGAAGAAUAAGAGUAAAGUUUAGUUUUAUCAUCAAGUUUAAACGAGCUUCGACACAAACGCCUCCGCUGCAGCAUGGCGGUGCCGUUCGUGCAGGACUGGGACCUGGUUCAGACUCUGGGAGAAGGAGCCUACGGAGAAGUGCGGCUGCUGGUGAACAGGCAGACGGAGGAGGCCGUUGCAGUGAAGGUGAUCGACACGUCUCAGUCCAAAGAGUGUGCUGAGAAUGUCAAAAAGGAAGUGUGCGUCCAUAAGGUGCUCAACCACUCCAACAUUGUACGAUUCUUUGGCCAUCGGAAGGAAGGGCCCACAGUGUACCUGUUCCUGGAGUACUGCACUGGAGGAGAGCUGUUUGACAGAAUUGAACCUGACGUGGGGAUGGCAGAGAAAGAUGCUCAUAGAUUUUUCCAGCAGCUUAUAGCAGCAGUGGAGUACCUUCACAGUGUUGGUAUCACCCACAGAGACAUUAAACCGGAGAACAUCCUGCUGGACGACAAAGAUAACCUGAAGCUGUCAGAUUUUGGCCUGGCCACCAUGUUUCGUUUUAAAGGAAGAGAGCGUCUUUUGAAUCGACUCUGUGGAACGCUGCCUUACGUCGCUCCGGAGCUUCUCGGCCAACUGGAGUACAACGCUCAGCCUGCAGAUAUUUGGGCUUGCGGGAUCGUCCUCGCUGCCAUGCUGGCUGGAGAGUUACCGUGGGAUCAGCCCACCGAGAGCUGUCAGGAAUAUUCAGACUGGGUCCAAAAGAAAACUUAUCUACCUCCAUGGAAGAAAAUACAACCACUGCCUCUAAGUUUGUUGUCAAAGUUACUGCUGUCCAGUCCAGACACGCGCGCCUCCAUCUCAGACGUACAGAAAGACCGCUGGUUUACUCAAGGUGCAAAACAACCAUCGUCAUCGGGAGGAAACAAACUUCUGCGAGCAGAUGUGGGACUGAAGUCCAGAGCCAACAGUGAUGAUAAGAUGCAGUUUUCCAGUUCUCAGCCUGACCUUGCAGCCGGAGCCUGGGAAGCCAUGCUGUUAAUCAGUCAGACCGACGGUCAGGUCAGCUUCUCCCAGCCGACCAAGCCCGAGCACAUGCUGCUGGGCAGUCAGCUGCUCGGCACGCCAGGAGCCAGUCAGUCACCGUGGCAGAGAUUAGUGCGGAGAAUGACGCGUUUCUUCACUGCUGUGAGCGCUGACGCAUCGUUAUCCGCUCUGAAAGACGUCUGCGACGGCCUCGCACUCGGCUUCAAACUCAACUGCACCAAACAGGUGACGCUGAGCACGCUCGACAAGCGCAACAACAAACUCAUCUUUAAAGUCCAUCUGCUGGAGAUGAAUCACAGAGUGCUGCUGGACUUCAGGCUGUCAAAGGGCGACGGUCUGGAGUUCAAACGUCUCUUUGUGAAGAUCAAACAGAAGCUCGGUGACAUCAUCAGCACUCAGAAGAUUCUACAUCCCAUCGUAUGAGCAGCCGUGGAGAGAGAAACUGUAAAUAUUUAGCUGUUAUAUUUGUGUGCGCGUGUCAUGUGACCAUGACUUUUCUCCGUGAACACUUUUUUUAUGUUAUUUGUUGAAAUCCUCGUGUGUGUGUGUGUGUGUGUGGAUAAUUCUGACCUGCUGGACAUUAACACACAGAACCAUUAGAUAAAACUGAACAUGAAGUGACGACAGCUCAGACAACAUGUCCAAAUAUCUUAAUACAUUAUAACAGAGGCUUUAUGAAUGAAUGAAUGAACUUUAUUCAUACAUAAAAAAACACAUUUGAAAACAAUUAUAGUUUGUUAAAGGACGUGUGAAGUCGGGGGCUCUGGGUCCAUGUGUUCGUGCUCACGCCCGUGUCCACGCUCGUGCUCACGCCCGUGUCCACGCUCGUGCUCACGCCCGUGUCCACGCUCGUGCUCACACCCGUGUCCACGCUCGUGCUCACGCCCAUGCUCACGCUUUGUGAAAAGACGUUUGUGUUGUGAUUAUGUUUUAUUACAUGAGACCGUGGUGAAUAAAUGAUUAAAAGAC